CGUGUCUUCCGCUCGUUAUGUAAACAGUAAAGAUGGCGGCCUCCGGUGUUCUCCGUGCUGUCCUCAGGCAGACUCUGAGCAGGUUCGGGGGUUUCGGGUGGAGCCUGCGUCACCCGCGAGCUGCACACAGUCUGAGCAUUAACACUGUCAGAAGUCAGAGCAACGCUGUGACAUCACAGCCUGUGGAGGGCUCGCGCUGCUCGGCAUGCUGGGUAACCGUGAGCGGAGGAGGAGGAGGAGGGGUGCUGUGGGCAGCGCUCGCCUUCUCCCUGUUUGGCAGCAGUGAAGAAGACAAACGUGAUGAAGCUCAGAGGAAGGAGGACGAGAUGAUCCUGCUGCUAAAGAAAGCCAAGCUCAGCGUGCAUCGGGGUCAGCUGCAGGCCGCCUCGGGGUUCCUCCAUCAGGCCGUUGUUCUCGCUCAUCAGACGCACAACAACCAGGCCAUCAUCUACACCUACAGCCUGAUGGCGAACCUGGCGUACGUGCAGGGUCAGCUGGACAGCGCUGAGAAACUCUUCAAAGCGGCGAUGAGCUUCAUGCUGGCGGGAGGAACUCCGCAGGACGACAAUGCCGUCAUCGAGAUGUCGCUGAAACUGGCCACCAUCUACGCCGAGCAGAACAAGGCGGAGCUUGCAGAGCACGGUUUCAGGUUCUGUAUGGAGUCUCUGGAGGUGAAACUGGAGAAGCACAAAGAGCUUCUGGGAGAGGAGCCCACAGAGGAGCAGGAGGCUCUUAGGAAGGAGACCCGCCUCCUGCUCGGGCUGUGUUUGGACUCACGGGCUCGGUACCGAGCGUCCAUGCUGCACCUGAAACAGGCCGGACAGGAUUACCAGGACGCCCUGAACAUCUGCUGCCAGGAGCAGGGAGAGACACACCCACAGACCCUUGUGCUGAUGAGCGACCUGGCCACCAUCUUGGAUCUGCAGGGUCACCAUGACGAUGCCCUGGCACUGGUCCGGCGGGCGGUGGAACUGAGCCGCUCAGCCGGACACCCGGACCUCCACGUGCUGCUGGGAAACAUGGCGGGCAUCCUGCUGCACACAGGCCGGCUGGAUGACUCGCUGCGGUUCUACCAGGAGGCUCUGGGUCUGGCCCGGCAGGCCGGAGACCAGGAGGCUGUGGACAGGAUCCAGGAGGGACUGAAGGAGGUAAAUGAGAGGAGGAGCCAGGAGACGAAGGAGGAGGAAGAGGCAGCUGCAACCGCUCAGUGACCCAGACUCAUCAGAACCGCGCAUCCUCCUUCGACUCCACGUCUUCUUCUGUGGUGUUCGCCCUCUCAUUAGUAGCUCCGAGGACCCGCUCUGUGUUCUGCUGCCCCGCCGAGAAACACCCAAAACCAGCCGGGACUGAAAUCUUCUCCAGAACCAAUCAGAACCAGGACGAAGUUCCAGACCCUGAACACGCCCACCCCUCCCCCCAUCAGUGCUGAAGCUGCAGCUCACCUGUGAGCUCACCUGUCAGCAGGAGACAUAAAUAUUUAUUAAGCUGUAAAUGUUGUCACGUGUUUUUCUUUGAACUUUAC